UUCCCGACGUUGGCGGCCUACAGAAAGGUUGUACUGUGUGUCUCGACAGUUUAUAGUCGGUUUAUUGCGACAUGGCGCGGUAUUUGAGACCUCCAAACACUUCUCUUUUCAUCAGGAAUAUUUCUGAUGAAAGCAGGCCAGAGGAUUUGCGUCGUGAGUUCGGUCGUUACGGCCCUAUUGUAGAUGUCUACAUUCCCGUUGACUUCUAUUCCCGUCGGCCAAGAGGAUUUGCAUACAUUCAAUUCGAGGAUGUCCGUGAUGCAGAAGACGCGCUUCACAACCUGGACCGGAAAUGGGUCUGCGGACGGCAGAUUGAGAUCCAGUUCGCCCAAGGAGACAGGAAAACCCCAACUCAGAUGAGGUCCAAAGAAAGGCGAUCUCCUCGCAGCUUCUCCAGAUACGACGAUUAUGAGCGCGAUGGCCGUUACCGGCGCUCUCGGAGUCGCAGCUAUGACCGACGUCGCUCUCGAAGCCAAUCAUACGAGCGCAGACCUCGUCGUUCCGAUAGUCCCAGAGACUCCCGCUCUUAUGGCAGACACAGGCGAAGCCGAAGCCGUGACAAUGACAGGUCAAGGCAGAGACGAGAUCACGGUCGAGGGCACCGCGGUGCUCCUUCUCGCAGCCGCUCAGGUUCACGUUCCCCUUCCCCUGACUCCAGAAUCAAGAUGAAAAGUCGGAAGUCCCGUUCCGGGUCCCGUUCGCCUCAUCCAGCUGCAGGCAAGGAACCACCACAAUCCAGCGGCGCACAAGAGGACGAGGACGCUCGCCCAAGAUCAGCUUCUCGCUCCUGCUCUCGCUCAGCCUCACGUUCCCGGUCACGCUCGCGUUCACGCUCCAGAUCCUGGGCCGGACACAAAUCCGGAGGUCAUUAGGACUCUCGGUGUGAGGAGCGGAGUUGUAUAAUACUGUAACUUAUGCAGCUCUCUGGCAAACUGAUCAUGUAAAGGCCAUUUUUUUGGUUAGUUUACAUUUUUGCAGGUUUGCUCGGGAAAAACGUGAUUCUUGUCUCCUGCUCAGCAGAUUUCAGGAUCAGUGGAUGUUUGCGAUUUGAUAAACACCACCCUGCAUCGGUAUUACUGAUUAUUAAUCAAAUGUAAAUCAGUGGGGUUUUUUUUUAAUAGCUUGUUUUGUUUUCAUUUUUGUGAUUUAGCUAAAAGGCUGGUGGUGGAGGCCUUUGAUCAAAAAAGGUGCAGGUGAAUUAAUGCUUGUAUUUUGUUUAGACAUCUAGUUCAGCAGCAGAAGCAUUGUAGAGUGCAGUAUUUUCAGUGUUUAUUUCCUGUAACGGAUAUGAACGGUUUCGGUUUGUACAGAUCUGAUUUUUAAUCCAUCAUCUUCUCCAACAUCCAUUAAACCUCUCGUAGAAACUGUUGUCUUCCAGAUUACACAUUAAUGCCACCACUUUUUUUUUCUUUUUUUUUUUACACAAAAAUGUUUCGUAAAUGUGUUCGUUUCCCUUGUUCUGUCCUGUUGCUGAUCCUACAGCAACGUUUUACUCUUUUCAUGCUAAUGAUGGAUCAGAGGAAAGAGAGAGAGCUCCUGUAUGUGAAUAAAAACCCUUUUGUUGUUAA